CCGCCUGCAUAAUUAAUCCAUAAAGAAGUCGUUCAAUCCUCCGCCCAGCCAUCGCGCCAUUGGUUGAGUGCUAAUCUACUUCCUGAUUUGCUGCUGUCAGUCUCGAUCCAAAUAAAUAGUAAUGUACCUGUGCCACCGUGCACAGGUUGCCAACGAGACUACGUUCCAGCUUUAAAGGUCCUGAAGACUGGGACAAACUGAGUGAUUUUUUUAUUUGUGACACAGGCAUCAAAAGCUCCACGGAUUGUCCGUGUUGUUGUUGUUUUUUUUACUUUUGAGAUGAAUCUGAACUAUACUUCUCCGGUCCCCCAGAUGCCGGCUCAAAGGUCAACGUCGUUCUUCAUUGAAGAUAUUUUACUACAUAAACCUAAACCUUUGCGAGAGGUGUUUCCCUCGCCCUUUUCAAACUCUCUUGCCUCCCGGAUGCCUCUUAUAGAGUAUGGAUAUCCACUUAUGCCUACGCCGAUACUGGCUCCUCAUCCGCAUCAUCCGUUACACAAACCUGAACACCAUCCGUACUUUUUCACCUCCGGAAUGCAGAUCCCUGCAUUAUUUCAGCAUCAUCCCGAAUUACCAGGGAAGCACUGCAGACGCAGAAAGGCCAGGACAGUAUUCUCAGACUCACAGUUAUCCGGACUCGAGAAAAGGUUCGAGAUCCAGAGAUAUCUGUCCACACCUGAGCGCGUGGAACUGGCCACGGCGCUCAGUCUAUCGGAAACACAGGUAAAGACGUGGUUUCAAAACCGGAGGAUGAAGCAUAAAAAACAACUGAGGAAAACACAAGACGACCAAAAAACCCCAAACGAUGUAGACAGAUCGCUGGAGAACACAAGCGAGAGCGAAAUGCACGAGAAAAGUACAGACGGUAAAAACGGCAUGAGUCCGGACAGAUACACGCUGGAAGACAAUGAAGAUGAUGUCGAUAUUGAAGAUGACAUUUGCUCUCCUGAACAUCUACUCUAGUAUUAUCAUGGACAAAAUUGUAAAUAUUAAUUACAGUCUUUUAGAUAGGAAAUUAUAUAUUGUUUUCUUUCUUUCUUUUCUUUUUUUUUGAGAGAGAGAGAGAGAGCAUUAGUCUAAUGUUAUAGCUUACUGUUCAAGCGCUUAAGAAAAUUAUGGACAGCUCAAGGACAUUAAAAUGAUGCGUGUCUAUUCAACAUUAUUAUUAUUAUUAUAGUCAUGGCUUUGUGUCUGACGACCCUUUUGUAAAUUUGGAAUGGAUGGUAAGUAACGUAGCCUACUGACAGUCUGUAAAUAGAUUUAUGAUAUGUACUUGAUAAAUAAUCAUUCGAGAUAUGUAACAAUUUUCAUUCCAACUAAAGUGUAACAUUUGACAUUUUCAGCACUUUCGCGGGACGAUGAUAUUUGUUGGCAUGUUGUGGACU